UAGUAAAACGCGUACUGUUAUCAAUUUUAUGCAGCUCUAAACUUGGCUACGUCUUUGAGGAAGUGAGAACUUAACCGUAAUAAUGGCUUAUAGUCAAAGUGUGAAUGAAGAGAUAUCUGAUGUCUUGAAUGAGCUGUGGAGGCUGGAUACUAACCGUCUCAAGCCUGGGAAGGAUUACGCCAUCUCAACACAGGGAAGAGCAGGCUAUGUGGCCCAUGGGAGUAACCAGGCCAGAGACAGAGCAAGAGAGCCACUGUUCUCAUUCGUAGAUGAGGACAAGCUGAGGACCAUUGAGACUUAUGCUCACUUCAUCAACCUCCUGGACAACUAUGAGAUGUCCACGGGUGUAGCAGAGACUGUCACCUCGCAGGAGAUGAUGGAGAACCAUCUCUUUCUGGAUGCUGUCCUUCAAACUGAGGUCAUGAAGUGUGCCCACAGAUACUUGGUCAGGAAGGGACAAGCCUCUUCAGAUGCUGCGCAGUUCAAGAAACAGCUGUUUGACAUUUGGUUUCGCCUCUACCAUCGAGACAGAAGUGGCGGGCAGGAUUCCUGCGGGUUUGAGCAUGUGUUUGUCGGAGAGACCAAGCACGGGAAGGAGAUCAUGGGUCUGCAUAACUGGGUCCAGUUUUACUUGCAGGAGAAACAUGGCCACGUUGACUACAAGGGCUAUAAAGCCAGGGGCAAUAAGGACACACCUGACGAGGACGACCAUGUCCUGAACCUGCAGUUCAGCUGGAAGGGCCUGGUCAAGCCAGUGGGCAGCUCCUUCAUUGGGGUCAGUCCUGAAUUUGAGGUGGCUCUCUACACGCUGGUCUUCCUCGUGUCCAAUGAGAAGGUCACCAAAGUGAUGGUGAAGGUGGACGAGUACGUACUGGAGGUGAUCGUGUGCAGGUAUGGCUACUCUAUUGGGACAUCCUAUCCCAAGAUGCUCAGCAGCAAUGACAGGGAUUAGCAUGUGGCCCCUCGGCUAAGAGCCCAUCCACUAAUAUCGUUUUCAAAACGUUUCAUUUUGUGGGUGAACCCUAAAGUACACGUGAAAACAGAAACAGAGGAAGAAAAACAACUACAUCAUCUGCAGAAGUUAUAAUAAGUAACAUGGGGCAAUUGAGCUGGAUACUGAGUGUAGAAAUAGAGAACUAUUAUGUCGAGGGCUGAGAACCAAAGGGGCGUAAGUGACAUUUUGGUCAAAAUUGAGUUAUAUAUAUCACCGGAAAGCUCUUGAUGAGCUCUCUUAGCUGACAAAAUUAUAGAAGUAAAAUAUUUAUAAAUAGUUAUUGAACAAAAAACAAAGGUCUUUAACAUGUGAACAUAUAGAGGCAGUUAGAUUUGGCUCUCCUGUAAAGUUGGUGAAAUGUCACUUACGGCCCUUUGGUUCUCAGCCCUCGAUGUGUCAAAUAUUUUGUUUGUUUGUUUGAAAUUGCAUUUAUGCCUGAAUUUACAGGCUGUCCAACAUAAACACACAUUAUUAUAACCACAUCUGAAGAGCAGAUGUCUCCGCUAAAACCAAGGGGCAGUUUCACUGGCCUUCUGAUACUGUAUGCAAACAUUUGGCUUGGGAAUUUGAAUUGGGCUUGGGAGGCUUUAUAUUCUUAGCCUGAUAAGUGCAAAACACUAUGUGCCACUGUAUGGUAGGUAAGGGAUAAUGGAUGACACAGUGUUUGGAUACCCAAACGCCUCUUAAGUAAAUCCAUAAAUAAAUAAAAUGUUAAUUGCACAUUACAUAUUUGUUACUUUAUGUAAGAGAUGCCCAGAUCAGUUGAUCAUUUUGUACUGUUGAUACAACUGUACCUUUUGUACUUACAGUAUUACAUUCAAUGUUAUUUAUCUUUCAUAGUCAACAUUUAGUAGCUUCCACAUGAUUUGAUAAGUGACUUUGUUAAUGGUUUUGUUUUUUAAGUUUAAUUUGUUUGUGUUAAUGCAUGUUCAUAAAACUGGAGACAUUGUAUUGACAAGUGAGACAUUGAGGAGGAACUCUCUGAAUAAAAUGUGCCAUAAUCCUUGCAGUAAAAUAGCCCCCUGGUUGUGCUUA